UCCUUUCUGAUUGUUGAGGCUCUGGCUGCACAGCCAACUUCUGCUGACUAGAGGACUCUGCCAAUGCCUCUUACGCAUGCCCAGAGACACUGCAUGGGAACUUAAAUGGCAGACUUGGAAGCCGUUGGGCUCACGGCCCCUUUAUGUCUAUUGGACUCAGUUUGCACUGUCACCUCUACAUUUGCUCCCUGAUGUCAAUAUUCAGUCACGUCCGCGGCCGACUAUCUAAACAUGAAGCGGAUCAAGAUCCCCAUGACUGGCGGCUACCGAGUUCCUAUUCAACGUCCAAACCAGGUAGCCGGAGGCCAGAGAUACCAAACCCAAGAAUCUUCCGGAACGCCUUUGUGCCGACCUUUAGUGAAGCGAGCCUUGGGAGAGCGGAAACAAGCCUCAUCUACCCGGAUAUAAGCCAUGCUGCAGUGCACCUGGCGCUGCUUGAAUGCUUUCGAAAACUAAGGCUCACGGCCAGUAGGCUGGAAGUGGACGUCGAGGUGGAAAAGCCAGCACCUGCGUAUUCCGAGAAACCCAAGCCUGUCGAAGAGCGCCAGCACCAUACGCCGAGCCGGCUGCCAGAAUCCGAACGAUGGGACAUGCUGAUCCGACUUGCCAUCACCCGCUUCACUGCCUGGUGGACGAACAUCGACCGGGUCUUGUAUCACGCAACAGCCUUUACUCACCAUGCAGGGGACAAGGCUGUAGUACAGCUGACCAAGGACUACCUCCCUCCACUGGACGUGCUUUUGGUCUGGUACACCUUCAUGCUCGAUGAGGAGACGUAUACAGCUGCGUGUGACGGUCGAGGAACGCCCAGGCUCGCAGACCUUUGCUUCCCCUGGCCUGCCAUUCGAGAUGUGCUAGACCUCGAUGCCAUGACGUACAACCUACCGCGGGCGGCGGAGAACCUCUUCUCGACGUUAUCAUCUCAGUCGGCGGACAUCCUCACGUACCUCGAAGGUCCUCCAGCGUAUGUCGAGUCUGCUGUAUUGCCAGUCGAGAUCGACCUCUUUGCCCAGGUCAAGGAACAGGAAAAGUUCCUGGAAGACGCUCACGAACUUUUGUGGAUUCGCUCACCCUCUUUGCAGGGCUCGCUGGAACGAUCUAGCAUCCAAUAUCUGGAGUUUCAGCUCUCUUCAAACCAGAUAGACAUCCAACCUCACGAUAUGCCCUUUGGUGUGGAACUGAUCUGGAAAACACACAAGCUCUACCCCAGCCAGUACCGGCUCUUUCGCCAGGGGAUCAACCCAACAUCUGCAGAUACGAAAUCAUCCGCUAUCAUGGUCGACGACGACGACGAUCAUGAGCAUGAACAGACGAGACGCCCACCACGUCCAUCUUCUUCCGAGUGCUGCUGCUGGACAUGCGAACGUAUCCGAGACGAUUUGCCUACUUUUAGCUACGACAGAUCCCCAUCAGCGUCCGAGUCCGCCUACGACAAGUCUUUGGUCUCAUCCCUCUCCUCGGACCAACUCCGCUCGAUACAGGAUGACCUCGGCUUCUACCGCGCCGUCGAGACAGCCCGGAAUGGUCGGCUGCCACUGCCAACACGACCGCCAACUGCAGCUGAGAAGGCAGCUGAGAAGCUGGAGGCGAAAAAGCAAGCAGAAGUUGGUCGCCUUCCUGGCUUGAAUGAAUACAUGGUAACUUUGCCCAAUGGAAAGAAGAAAAUAAAGAGGGUCAAAUAUGCGAGUCCCAUGUAUGGAAUGAGCACACUGGCAAUAUGAAAAUGGAACCUCAGAACCCGUUAGACAAGCCGGGGAUUGGGCAGCAAUGAAGCGUCGAUGGCGUUUUUAUCCAGCGUGGAAUGCUUCACCUUUGUGAUUUACCAUCCAUCCAUCCAUCCCAAAAAAACAAGGGUCCCUCCCUUCAUUGCCGAGAGAAGGUUCGUCCCCCACAGCAUCUUUUGUUCUCUUCGCCUCACCUCGGACAGUUCAAGAUAAAUAACUGGUCUGGUCCUGGGUUGUCAAGCACUGCACGGGUUGCAGGCCGAGGCCGGGUUGAAAAGGACAAGGACUUUCUGCUUGUUGGACCCUGUCGUUGUAAGGAUUGGACGGGCAGUGAGAUAGGAAUGGCGAAUGCAAAUGUCCAUAUAACUGUCACCUACUGGUAUGUGACUGUCGAAUGAUAAGCUCCAACGCCCUCGACGACUUGCUGCCCUAGGCCGGCCUUGCCCUGUCCAAACAGCGUAAUCGAAUCCCUUGCCGCCACCUUCCCAGUGCAGCCAUCCGGGGAAUUCAGAUGGCAGGGCGCACAACGCACAAGAGUAUGGCAGACAUCAGCACAGCAGCCUGUCCGCUUGUCAGUUUGGCAGCUUGAACAUGAUAGCUGUGGCAUGUCAUACAAGGCAGGAGGCGGCGGUCCUGGUCCUGGUAGUCGAGUGUACAGUACAGUAUGUUGUCAUCCAGGGGGCGGCAACACAACCCAGGGGUCCAAGUUACCCUCCCGUCGACCACAAACAACCACCCUUACCUAGAUACCUAUGUAUGCAUGUGUGGCGCACACUGACUGGGCGAUUCAAGUUCGUGAUCAGGCCUACCUUGCCGAACGUUAUCAUCAUCAUUGUCCGUUCGCGGGCGGGUAAUGUUGUUAGGCAUCAAUCCGUCCGACCACCUCCCCGUGCCGUUGCUUACCUAGGUACUGUACCAUGUUACAGUAAGUCCGACCGGGCCUUGAGGGAUGCGUGGGGUGAAGCUAUGUCCUGCCUUGGAAUGAGAGAAACCACAACCACAACUACGCCACCGGAUGCCAGGGUUCGCACUGCGCGGCCGCUCCUUGGUCCCCCCCGUACGAAGCCGCAAAGACUCGGACUCGGGCUGCCAGGGGUAGGGUGCUCCGGCACCUCAGGCUCUUCUGGGGUUACAGCCGCCAUUCCCGCAACAAAGACGACGGGUGUCAAGUUAGUUCUGAUGGCUCUGUUAGUACUGUAAAACUACGGAUCGAAGGGCGGCACUCAGGCUUCGGUUAUGCUUCUGGCGUCCGAUGUUCUGGCACUGCCAGUGUAUGGUUGUAUGGAUACUGUAUUUCCUGCCAUGUUUCUAGCUUCUUGCACUGGCUCCGUCCAAGCUCCUCAAAUUGGAAUAGAGCCUCCCCGGGGCGCCACGGGUCGGCGUGGACCGCUGGGGAGCCGUCUUACGGACCCAGGACCCAUUACGGGGGAUUUGGCGAGCUUGAACUACAGUAUGGGGAUCCUUAGCCCACCAUCCACCCUACCAGCGCCAUCACGAUCUGGACUCUUAUGUUCUGCUCGGUUAAAAUAAUGCACGUCAAGACAAGACGCGGUGAGGUGAGCCGUGAGCCACGGAUCGCCCACAGAAAGACUUGGGGCAUCAUGAGGGCGAUCAAUCAUGUCCAGAAUCCCAGUGAUGCAUUCCACAGAAUUCUGGCCAUGCCUUGGGCCGAAGGGACAGCAGAAUGGCAGGGCAGCAAAGACCUCCAUGGAAAUCGGGCUGCCAGUGCGGCAACGAAGAAUCGAUGAUUACCUGGUAUGCCAGAUACAAGAAAAAGAUACCCAGAGCCAGAGCAACAAAUUAAUGGGUCCGACGCAAGCGGCGUUUGGCCAUGGUCAGGCACUGCACGGAAUUGUCUCGUCUCGUCUCGUCUCGUCGUGGGGCCCCGGGGAAGUCGAGGGGAGGCAUCCGCAAACAACAGGACAGACCACACUGUCUCCCCAUCCCGGUUCCCCUGUCAAUGCCCACUGCAUGCCAGGUUUAAUACGGACCUUGAUCCCAGUAGCCGUAGGAGUCAGUGCUUCCACUGGCAGUCUGCUCGCAUCGUGGGCACUGGCAUCACCACUCACUCACUCGUACCCGGAUCAUGGUCAGGUCAGGUCAGGCAGCCGGAUUGGAUACGUUUGAAAUGCAACAGUCCCACG